AUGGUUUACCUUGCGCGGGAUGCUUCGAGAUUUUGCGAGCUUCGUCUAACUGGUAGUGAUACGUUAUUGGACUUGCGAGACCGUGCAUUGAAGUCGCUGGGAGUUUCCUCCGUCCCUCCAGAAAGACUACGUUUUUAUAUUGCUCAUGGUGAUAAGUACGAGUUGAUAGAUAUUUCACAACAAAAUAUUGACAGCUAUUUCGAUACGGCUCAGAAGGUCUAUGUGGAUGUUUGCAAUGCUGAUGAUAAGUGGUUCAUAAACAACGAAAAACCCGGCAAUUCGAGAAUAGCAGAUUAUCCGUCAAAUUCAGCGUCUCCAUAUUCGUAA